AUGAAGAGGAAGACAAGGAGAGAGGAGGAGGAGGUAGAGGUGGAGGAAGAGGAGGAAGAGGUGGAGGAAGAGGAAGACAAGAAGAGAGGAGGAGGAGGAGAGAAGAGGAGGAGGUGGAGGAAGAGGAAGACAAGGAGAGAGGAGGAGAAAGUAGAGGUGGAGGAAGAGGAAGACAAGGAGAGAGGAGGAGGAGGUAGAGGUGGAGGAAGAGGAAGACAAGGAGAGAGGAGGAGGAGGUAG